AUGGAAAACUCGGUGAAACCAGAAGUGUUCUCCAGUCAUCUAGAUUGGUAUUCAUCAAAAGUAAAAUCAGUUUUGUCUAAAUCAGUAGAUGCUGAAAUGGACAACAAUGAUGAUGAAGAGAGAAUCAUUUAUAGUUACAGUACUGCUUUUCAUGGAAUGGCUGCUAAGUUAAGCACAGAAGAAGCGAAAAAGCUAGAAUCUGAAGAUGGUGUUGUAGCUAUAUUCCCUGAUACAAAGUAUGAACUACAGACUACAAGAAGUCCUUAUAUUCUUGGUCUUGAACCGAUUCAAACCAACAACAAAAGUUGGUCGGAAAAACGAGUUAGCCAUGAUGUUGUAGUUUUGGACACUGGUAUUUGGCCUGAGAGUGAGAGUUUCAAUGACGCCGAUUACAAAUCACCAAGAGAUCAAGAUGGUCAUGGAACUCACACUGCAGCUACUGUUGCUGGAUCUCCAGUUCAUGGUGCUAAUCUUCUUGGUUAUGCUUAUGGAACCGCAAGAGGAAUGACACCAGGUGCAAGAAUUGCAGCUUACAAAGUGUGUUGGACUGGUGGAUGUUUCAGCUCAGAUAUUUUAUCAGCGGUUGAUACAGCAGUAGCCAACGAAGUACAAGCAGAAAUUCAAAGCAUUGGAAGCGAUGGUCGAGCAAGUGACACGUUAAGCGAAAUAGCGACGGUUCGUUUUGCCGGUUUGGUGAAGUAUCAACAGAUCCAAACCGCUAAUAACAUACCAGAUGCUAACAAUAUAACUGUUGGUGAUACGCUUUGGAUUCCUUUGCCUCGUGGUUGUGAUAAGGUGGAUGACAGUAGUGUUUUACAUUAUGCACAUGUUGUGGAAUCUGGUAAUACCAUUGAUAUCAUUGCUCAAAAUAUGGUACAACACCAACAAAGCUAA